UUUAGGUUCCUGAAUUCCGAAAUGCAGCUUGUUGUGAGUAAAUCGGAAAAAUGAGCGGACAAUUUUCAAUGGGCGAGGAGAAUGUCUAUGAUAUUGCGAUGUCAACAUUAGAGGAAUUAAGAUCAUCGCCAAGGCUACAACUAGCGGAUGCAAUGGAAGAAACCAAUAAUGUGGAAGACGAUGAUGAUGAAUCGAUUACACCUUCACAACUUGUCAACGAAAUUACUACUGCAUGGCAAAAUGAAAUUUGUGCACCGCGACUAUUGCCACACAUGGAGACUGUCGUUGAUUUAAUGAUCGAUCAACUAGAAUCCAUGGAAGAGAAUUUUAGUAAGUGUAAAGAUCAUACUUCGUUGAAAAUUAUUCUGCAUAAGAUGGAAGUGCAACGCUUGGCUUAUAUGGUCAAUGAGUAUAUUAGAGUACGAUUAAAAAAGAUCGAAAAGGAUGUAGAAGUAUUAAAAAGUGAGGAUGUUGAACGAGAAAAAACAAAUGCCCCAAGUCUGCUUAGUUCAGCCGAAAAAGUUUUUGCUGAGCGUUAUGAAUUGAUGAAACGUCAUUUAAUGGAAGCGAGUUUUUUGGAACGAAUACCGCCGGCGUUACAACGUCUUCCGAUUACUGCACUUGAUAUGUCCGCUGAACGGGUAAUUAUCGAAGUGACCAAUGACAAACAGGAACAAGUAGUGAUUCCCGAAAUGACUGAUAUGUUUUCAGAUAGAACUGUUGAUUUGCCACCUGGUUCCAUCCAUUUCAUCCCGUAUCCAUCUAUAGCUGAUCUUCUAGAAGCCAAUAAAGUUCGCUUAUUAUAGUACAUUACCUACUCUAGCGUCUUUAUUUGGCAUAAGAGACAAUCUGUCCCAUAUAAAUCAUUGCAUCAUCCUACCGCAUCCAUAUCUUACUUCAUGUCUCCGUUUAUACUUCUGUUUUAAUAGCCGAAUAUAUUUUUACACUUUUUUGUUUCUGUUGCACAAGUUUUGUUCAGUGAAUAAGCAAACACAGUGAAAAUUCCAACCAAAUGAUGUGCGUCCUCGAUAUUUUAUGUCUUUCAUCACUUAAUGUUCUUCACCAUUACAAUGACUAUUUGGAUUUGAUUUCUUUUUAAUCAUCACCUUUCUCAAAUGAUAUACUAGUAGUAAACGAUAAUGUGAUCUUUUUCAAUUGUAACAUCUUACAAAUCCUAUGAAUCUCCAUUCAAUUUUCAUUAAAUCUCUAAAUUUGUUAUAUAAACAAG